UCUGCCAUUAUACCUUAAUAUUUCAAAUACACAACAUAGCAACUACUCUCUCAAAUUUAAACCACACACCUCUUUCUCUACCAUAUACUAAAACUCUCUCUCUCUUUCUCUUUCUCCAAAAAAAAAAAAAAAAAUUCUUAAUUAGAUUUCCCUCCAUAUUCUUCCCUAUUACAAGAAAAUAAAAAUAUAAUCAUGGGUCUUAGAGAUAUUGGUGCUUCAUUGCCACCUGGGUUUCGGUUCUAUCCAAGUGAUGAAGAAUUAGUUCUUCACUAUCUUUACAAGAAGAUCACAAAUGAGGAAGUUCUCAAGGGUACUUUGAUGGAAAUUGAUUUGCACACUUGUGAGCCAUGGCAGCUUCCUGAGGUGGCUAAGCUCAAUGCAAAUGAAUGGUACUUCUUCAGCUUCCGUGACCGCAAAUACGCCACCGGGUUUCGCACCAAUCGCGCCACGACAUCUGGCUAUUGGAAAGCGACCGGCAAGGAUCGUACGGUUCUCGAUCCCCUCACCCGCGAGGUCGUAGGGAUGCGGAAGACUUUGGUGUUCUACAAGAAUAGAGCCCCAAAUGGCAUCAAAACUGGUUGGAUCAUGCAUGAGUUUCGCUUGGAGACCCCACACAUGCCACCUAAGGAGGAUUGGGUUUUGUGUAGAGUGUUUCACAAGGGCAAAACAGACAAUAGUGCCAAACUAAGCCCACAAUUCAUGUAUGAGGCCACACCUUCAUCCCUAACUUUGGCUUCAUCAUCAUCAUCCCCACCAACAAACCAAACAAAUUGCAACAAUUUGCAUGUUAUUGGGUAUAACCAACUUCCCAAUUUCUCAUCAUCAUCAUCACCAAUGGCAAUCCACCAUAAUCAUCAUCAUCAUCAUCAUCAUCAAAACCAAAACGGUUCUUCCUCUUUGAUGAAUCUCCUUCAAUUUUCCACUAAGGAAAAUAGUACCAUUACUCAACUAAGUCCCAAAGGUGGUGGUGGCGGCGGCGGCGGCGACGACGGCGGCUAUGGGUUCAUGUGGGACAUGGAUCUUGAGGAAAAUAGCUUCCAUGAUGGUGGGGUUAUUGCAUCAAACUUGAACGACAUGAGAUUUGAGGUUGAUAAUAACACUAUGGUUAUGUUGUAGAAAUUUAAGUCUAGUGUGUGUAUAUAUAUGGUAUAUAUAUCUAUAUAUAUAUAUAUUUAUAUAUCAU